AUGGAACCACCACGCAAGGCUCAAAGUAAACCCCAAACAAGUACACGGUAUAAGGAAAAGUUCAAUACCCUCCGAGAAACCUACACGCGAGCGACCGCCACCCGCGCAAACCACGAGAAAAAUCUGCAAAGCGCAGGAGUGAUCAUGAAGAGGCUGCAGGACGAGAUCGAUAUGCUUCUUGAAGCUCUCAUGGACGCAGCGGCUCAGGAGGAGAUUCAGAUGCAGAUGCAGAUGCCAGUGACACCCCCGCCGGCAAUGAAUGGCCAUGGCCAUGGGAAUUCGCAUUCGGCGCCCCCACCAGCUCGCCAUGAAGACCCACGCCUCUCCGCACGCCGUAAUCAAAUAAUGUUAUCAUUCCGUAUGGCGAACGUAGGGGAGUUUGAUAACCGGAUGCUGGGCCGGUGGUGCAUCUGGUCGAUGUCUGGUUACCAGAUCAUCACCUGA